AUGCUCAGCUUCUUAUUAGCAUAUCAUGCUAUAUCCAAAGUAGUAGCAGAUCCAGGAUCAUAUUCAGAUCUAGUUCAGUCAAAACUCGAGUUAACUUUCACAUCUGUUGAAAAUUACGAUACUUUUGUUAUUUUCCCAACCCCUGAUAAGUUUACUAUCAACAACAACAUUAUUAAACCUAUUUACUACAAUCCAGAAACAUUAGUUAUUGAAUCAAUUAAUAACGUAUUGCACAAACUUAAAAACCAUAAGUUUAAAUAG